GUCACACUGAUGGACCGGUCUGGACACUGCAGGUAUUGGACUCGCAUGAUCAUGCGUACAUAUGCCUCGUAGUACCGCGUUCUGGAGGCCGCCAUCUUCUUCCGUGAACGCGAAUAGACUCACGCAACCAAUACUCGGCGCACGCCGUUUGUGAGGAGGACUAUUUUUGGCGCAAUUAGUGUAUUCCAGGAGAUCGGAAGCCGUUUCCGAUUUCGAAUUCGGAGACCGGACCGAUGUGCGGACAUGUGUUAUCGAGGUCAAAACGAGAAGAGUUGAGAGACAGGCGGGGUACACAACGUUCGUCUGAUCACUGCUACCGUUCAGACAAUGCUGCUCAUUUUCUUACAAGUUUCAAUGCUCCUCUCAACGUGCAUAAAUGCUGGAUCCCACUGCCAUGACUCGUCCUUCAAGCCGAACCAUAUUCUCCGUGUGACUAUGGGAAAUCUCAGUAUUGGAUGUGGCACCACUCGUCAAUCGCACCUGAUCAAUGGAACAUCCCCCGGACCGGAGAUACGUUUGACGCCAGGGAAGAUAUCAUGGAUUCGGGUCUACAACGACAUGCCAUCGGACAAUCUGACAAUGCACUGGCAUGGCCUCUCACAACGAAUGGCGCCAUUCUCGGAUGGGACUCCACAUACCUUGCAAUGGCCUAUUCCACCCAUGCACUUUUUCGAUUACGAGGUCUUUCCUGGCGGUGAUGAUGCCGGAACGUAUUUCUAUCAUUCUCAUGUUGGCUUCCAAGCUGUCACGGUCUCUGGGCCUCUUAUCGUCGAGGAUGAGGGAAAGCCGCCCUAUCAAUACCACGAUGAGCGCGUCAUUGAGCUGACCGACUUCUUCUACAAAACGGACAAAAAUAUCGCGGCUGGACUGUUAGCAAAUCCUUUUGUUUGGUCAGGCGAGACACAUGGUGUUUUGCUCAAUGGCCAGGGCGUGACAGAUGUUGUUCAAGCCAGCGGGAACUACUGUGCUCUUCCUACGUUUGAUCUACUUCCGGGCAAGACCUACAGAUUCCGAUUCAUUGGCAGCACGGCGCUGUCCCUGGUCAGUUUGCAGAUUGAAGGACACAAUUUAACGGUCAUCGCGGCAGACGCACGCUACACCCAGGCCCAUGUGACAGACUAUUUGCAGAUUGGUACUGGACAACGCUUCGAUCUCAAGGAUCUAAAACGGACAACGUUUUUCAUGAAAUAUCAGACCAAAGACCGUCCCCCGGUGUAUACGGGGUAUGCUGUAUUCCGUUACAACUCUUGUCAAAUGUUUUCCGCUUCGCCGGCACCCGGAAUCUCUAUCAUUCUGCCGAAUAACCUCUCAAGUGGAAACUUUCCAUCUGCGAAUAAAGUUACCCGACGACUUACAAUGACAUUUCGCCCAGAGGGAUCGCCUACGGGCCAUAUCCGUUGGUAUGAGAACAACCUCGGAUACACUGAAUACAGCUCGCCUCGCCCAUUGCUUCCGGAUGUCUACCUCUAUGGCGAAUCAGCAGUGCCAAAUUAUACAUUGGCAUUGGAGAACGAGGGAUGUGACCCAGAAUUCAAGGCAUGGCCCGCCAUGAUCGGAGAGGUGCUCGAGAUUGUCAUUGAAAACACGGGAUCAGAAGUCGCAGGAAACGGCGGGCUAGACAUUCACCCCUUCCAUGCUCAUGCUGGACACUACUACGACAUUGGAUCCGGAAAUGGUACAUACAAUGCGACGGAGAACGAAGUGAGACUUGCAGGCUAUUCUCCUGUGCUGCGGGACACUACCUAUCUUUACAAAUAUGAAGCCGCGACUGGAAAUGGCACCGAUGCGUCCUGGCGAGCAUGGAGGAUCCGGGUCACCGAUGCCGGGGCAUACUUGAUCCACUGUCACAUCUUGCAGCACAUGAUUAUGGGCAUGCAAACGGCAUGGGUGUUUGGUAAUGCUACGGAGAUUCAAAAAAUACCGCUGGCCGAGGCCUCUGGCUACUUGACAUAUGGCGGCAGUGCCUAUGGCAACCAGUCGUAUGACCCCAUCGUGUAUCAUUACUACGAGGAUACUCCUGAUGAGCCCUGGCUUCGGUGAAGGCGGUGAGUGGAAGACCCGG